GAAUGAGUCACCAUCUCCCUUUACCGGAGACCCCUGGGGAGAAGUUUUACUUUGAAAACCUAAGUAAGUAAGUGAUUAGGACUUCUGUUAUUUUAUCCGUUUUGUUUUAUCUGUUGUUGGUGUAACUAAUUUGAUUGUCAUCUAUAUUUUUGUAUGCACUGACUAUUUUUUGCUCAUAAUAAAUAUUCCUUCAUUAAGUUCUGCCUUUGUCUGGUAAAUAAUCACGUUACCUGAAGAGACUAAUUAGUGUUUUGCAAUAAAAUAUUGUGUUAAAUUGUAUUUGGUGGGGUUUUAUUAUUAAGUUACCUCGGGGACCAAUACACCUCAUUUAUAAAUUGUCUUGGUGGUGUUAGGUUAAAAUAGUUAUACUUAUAUUAUUAUGGUUAAGUGUGGGUGGUGUUAAGGGGGAUUUUUUUUAUCAUUAUUUCCAAUCUAGUGCAGACGAAUAGUGAACUUUAACCCUUUCACCACCACAACUACGUCAUGCACACUCUUGGAGUAGUGUGCGUUUGUGACAGGCAGAGCCAUUUUUUUUCAAUGUGCACAAGUCUACUUAGAACUUCUUUUUGAUUCCUGUCAGGAUAGGGGCAAGAUACUGUGUUGCCUGGUUCCAAGGGUAACAUGCUGCCCAUAGGAAUUUGGUCCUACAAUUCACAUUUAACUUCCUCUGCACCCUCACAGUGAAAAUUAAUUCAUCUACUGCACUUUCAUUAAUGGAUAGAAUAUAGCUCACAUCAAUCCACAACAGAGUUUGAUCUGCAUGCCCAGUGCUGUUUCCAAACCUCAUCCCUCUACCAUGUUUCUCCAAUGUGACACCGACCUGCGCCUCUUUGCAAUUCCCUCCACUUUGGAUUCUCCUUGUUCAUUACCUUUGGUUAUCUCUUUGGGCUCUCUGCUCCUGUAUCUAUCCCUAUGGACAACCCCUUGUGCCUCAUCUCAUGCUUCAUUACUCCAUGUUUCUCUCCAUUUGUUCUCUUCUUUUUUGCAUUGUAGUAUGUAUGCGUCUUUCCCCACUGUCCCUACCCUUUAUGUCUGUCAAUAUCUCCCAGCUGUGGCUCAUUCGAAAUAUCAUAUAUCUUAUGACUCAUUCCAUUAAGUUCUUCUCUCCAUGCACUUACCAGUUAUCACUGGACAUUUUAGAAUUUCCUCAACAUCUACCAUUGUGUAUCUAAACAUGCCCCCACCACCCAGCAUUGUGUCUCUCUACAUGCUCCCGCCUCUCACAAUGGUGUGGCUGGUUGGCUGCUUCAAGUGCUAUUCUGGCCUCCUACUGUUUAUGUUAUGGCUUAGUUAAGUGGUUAUGGUGCAGGGAAUGGUGCCAUUCACAGAUUGUCACACCACUUGAAAUUGAUUUGGCAGUAAAUGAUUCAAUGGCAACCGAAGACUUUUUUCAUUGAAAUAAGCUGUAGUGGUUAUGGUGCUUAGAGUACUAUAUUGUGGUUAUUGGUGCUAUUUAUUUUUAAACUUUAUAUACCUUGCAAUGUGUAUCUGCAAUAACAAAAGAAAACUUUUAGACAUUGUUAGCUAUAGUUAGUUUGUUUCCGAGUAACAGUUUCUUGCUCAUUAAUUUACAAUAUGAUGGGGAGCUAAACAAAUAAAACAACUUGAGCAAAAUACAAUUUCUUGUUUUUUUUAAUCGAGAAAAUGCUUUCAUGGCAUAUAGUAGAGAGGCCCAUGGGAGGUAAACAUUUAGCUGAGUACUCAGGCAGUGAGAUUAGAAUUUGGCAUGUUGUGUUGAACCAAGUGGAAACAUGCUUGUGUUAACUGUUUGCUCUCCCCAUCAUUGUGCAACAUGCACAUAUUAGAUCAUUUAACACACAAUAUACAUGUGAAAAUUAAAUAGAAUAAAAUUAGAGAAAUUCCCUGGAGAAAAUAAACAACUAUGAAUUAACACAACGAAAUCUUUUAGACAAUUUAGUGAAAUUGUUACACGAAAUCUGUGAUGAAUAGCUAAUUUAAAGGAACACUUUAGAAAUAGGAAUACAAAGCUGUAUUCCUAACAUAAUAUAGUGUCCCUUUGCCCCCACACCACCAGCCAUCACAUAGUUAAAUAACCCUUUAGACAACUGAUUCCCAUGUUGUCGUCCUUUGGCGCUGGCUUCCUAUCCACCUCCUCUGACGUCAGCACAAGUGGGAACCUUGCUUCAUUAAGCUGAAGUUAUUUUGAUGUCUAUAGUGUCCUAUUAAUAAUUUACUUUUGCAGAUAUGCCAGCUAAUAUACCAAUCACAGAUGCCAUUUACAGUAAGUAUAGUUGCUUCUAUUACCUACACAUUUAGACCAUUGGAUUUAAUUUAAUUUCAUCCACUAAGACAUAUAAAACAAAAUAUAAACAAGCCUACUUAUAAACUAACAAAAGCUUAAUUUAGCCCUUCAAGUUUAAUAGAGUUCAUUGCAUGCUAAUGCUACUUUACCAAAAGCUUUAAACUUUGUAGUGACCCACAAACCAGCCACAAACAGAAAACAGGCUUUCAAAGUGCAUUAGUCUAUUGACACAUUGGAAUAAUAAAUGUAAAUGUGUCAAGAUAAUGUUGAAGGGCAGGUGCUAGAACAAACUCUAAACCACAAAGUGGAUCCCAUCAGAUACCCACCUCCCUGUAACAACUUCAUCAAUUUGUUAGAGGCGCAGGAGAGCCUGGGGUUAAACAGUUUACAAACAAAAUUUGUUCCCUGGUGCUUGACAGUUUUGCCUCCUAUGUUACUUUUUCUGCCCACCUCUCACUCCAGGAAGGAGUGGUGAUAUACUGCUAGCCUGUUAGCAUUGCCCAAUCCAAGACUUUCUUGUCAAAUAUUUUUUAUUGAAAGGUUUUCAUUUUUAAUAAUAAUAAUCAGUGUAAAACAAUGAAAUAUAUGGAAUAAAGAAAACAUAUAAAUUAAACAAACAAACGGAAACAUGGGGAAAAGUGUCCAUCCAUUAUAAAAUUGAUAACAUAUGCUUUAUGAAAAAACUACACAGUGUCAAAUAAGGUGUUAAAGCACUUUACACGUACUGGCGAUAAAUAGUGUACAAACAGUUGCGUAUACAAACAGAACAAGAGUAAAAGGAGAGGCACAAAAAACUACAAUCUGGCACAAAUGUCAUCAUAAAGAUUAUUUUCUUUUGACAUUAUCCUCCCAUAUGUUCCAGUGGUAAGUUAAUGAUUCUGUUGUGUUUUAUGGCAAUCUGAGGUGAAUCUCAUAGCACUUAUUCUCUAAGGCCAAUGUUAAUACCUCUUUAAUAGCAGGAAUUACAUCAGACCUCCAAUACCAUGGUAUUACCAUAGUGGUUAUUAUUAUUAUUAUCGCCAUUUAUACAGCGCCAACAGAUUCUGUAGUGCUUUACAAUAUUAUGAGAGGGGGGAUUUAACUAUAAAUAGGACAAUUACAAGAAAGCUUACAGGAACGAUAGGUUGAAGAGGGCCCUGCUUAAGUGAGCUUACAUUCUAUAGGAGGUGGGGUAUAAAACACAUUAGGAAAGGAAAUAGUACAGCGAGUAGGUGCUGAAUUUACUAAUAUUAAGUAAUCUUUACUUAGUAUUAGUACAUUUGGCAGAAAGACCAAUUUAGGUCUUUCAGCCUUUGGUAGAUAGCUCCCUGAUACCGUGGGAGUUAUCUAGUAAGCAGCUGCUUAUUUUAUGUUAUUUUGAGUGAUUUCCCUAUCCACAUUUGUUUGCAGGGCACUUGUCCUGCUCUUACCCCCAUUUUACUUCCUUUUGCAGCCCUCUAGCCCUUUCCAGGACUUUUUUAGAGUUAUUUUUGUGCCCAAACGUUCGGGUCCCCAUUGACUUCACUGGGGUUCGAGUUCGGGGUCAAGUUCGAUCCUGAAACCGGAUUUUUUUUCAAAGUUCCUCCGAACGCGAACAUCCAGGUAUCUGCUCAACUCUAGUUAAGUGUUUUGGUUUUCACCCUGGCAGGCUGGAUGCAAUAUCUUCUAUGGGAAUAUGUAGUAAUAAUCUGUAAUAAUAUGUCUCAUUCAGUGAAUAUAUUAAUAAGUAAAUAAACCUGUAUACCUGCAUAUUCAUCACAUAACAGCUCAGUUGGUGAAAUUGUAGUUUGUCGAAGUUUUAAUAAGGGUAUUCUGAAAAUAUAUAUGGUUAAUAAGCAUGUAUGAUUGUACAAAGCAAAUUUGCUAAUUACAAUAUACUUGCAGGGCCGUCUUUAAUAUUGAUUGGACCCUUGGCAAGCAUUUGCUUGGGCCCCUGCACCCUGCCCCCGCCACCUCCCCCCUCACUCCCUGGCAUGCAAUCAAGCCCUCCACCCCAACACAGUGACAGACUAAAGUAGAAAUAACCCUGGUGCAAGAAUUUAUUUGGGCCCCCCAAUCACAAGGGUGACCAGAAGGUAGAUCCCUAUCUGUUGUGCAACUCCAACAAUGUUUUGACAGCUGGGGCUAUACCAAUAUCCCAUGCUUGCAAGAUUGUAUUUAGCACUGAGACACAUUGGUGUGUUUGAAUGUAAGCAUGUUUUUGCAUGGAGUAUGUUUGUGUAAAUGUAGGGGUGUGUUUGUAUAUGUCGUUUGAAUGCAAGCAUGCAUUUAGGUGUAGUGUUAGUUUUUAAAUGAAGGGGCUUGUUUAUAUAUUAUUGGUGUUUAACACCAAAAUGUUUAUAUUUGUAUGCAUGUAGUGUUGAUGUUUCAAUGCAGGAGUGUGUUUGUAUGUAGUGUUGAAGUUUGAAUGCAGUGGUGUAUGUGUAUGUAGUUUUGGUGUAUCAAUGCUGAGAUGUAUGCACAUAUGCACAUACACUGCCACACACACACUGUGAUACACAUACACACAGCUACACACUGACACAAAAUAGAUGCAGAUGUACACAGACAUAAAGAUGCACACACACAUACAGAUAAACAGACACUUACACUGUCAGAUGUACAAACACAGACACAUACACUGGUAGACAUACUGAUACAUACACUGACAGAUAUACUGGCACACACAUGUACACUGACAGACAAACUGUCUGUCAGUGUUUUAAAUGUGCAUGUGUAUCUGAUACACAUGCAGAUACACAGAUACACAAGCUGAUUACAUACAGAUACACACACUGACAACAUACAGAUACACUGACACAUAUACUGUCAGACAUAUUGACACACAGAUACAUGCACUGUCAGACAUAUUGACACACACAUACAUACACUGACAGACAUGCUGACACAUACACUGAUAGACAUACUGACACACAGAUAGACAUACUGACCCACACACAUUCACAUAUACGGACAUAAAUACUAACACACACAGAUACACAUACAGACAGACAUACUGACACAAACACAGACAGACAUGCUGACACAGACAGACAUACUGACACACACAGACAGACAUAUUGACACACACAUACAGUCAUACUGACACACACAGACAGACUGACACACACACACACACACACACAGACUGACAUACACACACACACACACAUGCUGACACACACACAGACAGGUAUACUGACACACACAGAGACAGACAUACUGACACACACACACACAGACUGACACACACACACACACAGACAUACAUGUAAAAUUUUAAUUUUGAAACCCACCCUCCGGUUUCCUACCUUUUUCUGGAGGGUGGCUUUCCUAGGGUCUAGUGUUCUUGAGGCUGAUGGGAGUGAGGAGCCCCCCUCCGCCACUUCCUCCUUUUCUCUCCCGCGCGGCUCCUCCUGCCCCUUCCCGCACGACUUCUCUCAUUAUUCGAGGAAGUGACUCGUGACUGUUACUUCCUACCAGACAGCUAACGAAAAGCAAGGGGCUUUGUUUAUAGAAGAGUCCCGGGCCUUUGCUAAAAACAAGCCCACCGGGUGGCCCUAAGUGCAUGGGCCACCCGGUGGGCCUACUUAAUGUGUGGGCCUCCGGCUGGCGGCAAUGACAGGGAAAGAAAUUCUUGAGGGCAGCCGGGCCCAUGGGGCAGUUGCUUUAGGCCCCCUGCAGUCACUGGGCCUGGGGCAGUUGCCCCAUUUGCCCUGCGUUAAAGAUGGCCCUGGAAACCUGUCCAAUUAUCAAGAACUUGAAUUAGAAACAUGAACAAGCAUAACCCCAUCCCACCUCCCCCACCACUGCAUAAAAUGUGUGGAUUUAAAUUAUGUCUCUCUACCUUGAUAGUGUCCUGUUACAGAACACUCCAUUACACAUUACUUCAACACUAUCAUGAUUCGUAGAGAAGGAUAGAAGUAUUACUGGUCCUUAAAAAGGCCUGCUUAACAUUAUCAAGGAUCUCUAUGAAAAUACUGAGAAUAUUUCACAGUCAUACAAAAUAAUAGAAUGUAACUUUUAUUGAAUAAAAAAAAUAAAAAAUAGUUUGAAUAAAAUACAGAAUACAAUGUACAGAAAGUACUACAAAUCUAAGGUGAUGUUGGCUAAGAAGGAAAUCAUAUGUCAUGCUACUUUUACGUCAUAAAACAUCACUGGAAAAUAAGAGUGGAAUAUAUAUACAUAUAAAUAAAAUAUCAGAUUAGUAUAAGUGUAAAAUGACAAAAUGUGAAACAAAGUUUAUAUAGCAAAAAAAACUAAAUAUAACUUUAAUGAUUUCAUAUAGAUAAAGGACGGUCCCCUUAGUAAUAAUAUUCUUCCAAUAAAGAACACAAUGAAGUUAAUAUCGCUAGACUAAUGUAAAGAGAUCAGAAUAACUGCUUAUUAUAUUACUCAAUAAAGGUAGUUGCUGCAAAGUAUCAGAAUACUGCAAUGAUUUAUCCAAAACCAAAGUAGUUGCAUAUCGAUGAGUAAAAUCAAAACAGUUUGCAGUAAUUAACAAAGUGACUAAAACGAGAAAAUAAAGUGAUUAAAUAAUUAAAGUCUACUAAUGGAAAAUAGCACCAUCCACACAACCUGAUCGGUGCGACCGUGCUGACAGGCUGAACUUACCUGCUCGCAGACGAUCCGGGAGCCAUCCCGCUGGGGCCUCCGUCCCCUUUGUUAAUAAACAAAAUGGUGCCGACCAAGCAGUUGUGCCCAUUUAUAGCCCCGCCCCAGGGUCAAGUGAAUGUGCGUGUGACGUCACAACGUUGUUCUGGGGUCAGAAGUCAUGCUUUGACCAAUCACAGCACAAGGAAGGAUAUUUAAAUCCUUGAACUUCCCUAGCUCAUUGCCCUGUCGUGGUGUCAGUUCCUGGUUCCCGAGAGUGCGUUUUCUUGUCUUGUAUUUGAUCUUCACGGUAUUUUUACCUUGGCUAUCCUUGACUACUCUGAUUUCUGGUUCCCUUGACUUGCCUUUCCAUAUUGUUCUUGUGUAUUUCUGGCUUCCUUGACCUCGGCUUUCCAUUGACCAUUCUCUGUCUUUCAACGUAUUAAUACGGCCAUUAUAAGGACCGGUUUACAUUCUGUCCUUUUGCUAUUCUGUCUUUGUAGAUGUUACAUAGUUAUGCGUGCUGGACCACACUAGCAGUCGUGACAUACGCAAGUCCUAAAGGUAAUUGCUCAACCAUGAAAGGUAAAUUGUGUGAAGGACUUACAACAAAGCACAAGAGACACACAGUGCCCAGUGAACAAAGAAGCUACAAAUGUAUCAACUAAAAAAUCCUCAGCUUAUUUUUAGAUAGUCUAAAGCAGGGGUAGGCAAACUUUUAACAGCACUGUGCGAUACAGCAUUGUGAUGUCCCGUAGCGUGCCGAUCCUAUUUUUUUAAAUCGUGUGUAUGCUGCCGUAUUCUGCUUGUUAUUUUUACUGUAAUUGCUUUGUAUCGUUGUAUUUGUGCGUAUAUGAGUGUGGCGAAACCGACCUCGCCACUGGGCAUUGGAGAAGACUGAUUGCCAGCCUCCUGCCAUGUGACUAUGGCCCCUGGGAUGUAUUGCCCUUUAAAGACAUGAUUUGGGCAUAAUGGAUUUGUGUUGUGCUGCUGCUGGCCCUUAAAGAACCAUCUGGGGACAUAAUGUGGAGUUACUGGGUGGCCACCAUUUCAUGUAUCAGAGGCACAUGGUGAGAACAAUGGAUGAAGCACAUGGUGAGAACAAUGGAUGGCGGCCAUUUUAACUCCCAGACACUGUUUGGACUUUUCAACACGGUGCGAUCUCGCCGGUAUUUGGUGCACAGAGACAUCGUGCAGUGGUUUUGGACUGUACAACAGGGGACAUAUUAUACAGUAAUUGUUUUUCAUUUAGGCUGCAUAUCUUCUGUGGAAUCUGCAUUAAACUGUAUCUUCCAAAGUACUGAAUGGAUCUGGGUGAAUUUUGGAUAUGUGGUUCACUCAGAUCCCCCGGUUCCAAGGAUUUGUGGGGUUAUUGCAUGUUUUGGGGUCCCUGUGAUGUGUUUUAUAAUACUGUAUUUCUCUGCCUGUGAUAAUUAGAUUAACCAUUGUGUUCAGUAAUCCUAUCACAGGCAGAGGGGAGGAUUUUGUCUGGGAGUGUCUGUGUGUAUUGUAUGGAUUGAUUGGCUGUGUUUCAAAACCCUGUGGGCAGUACUAUAUUUGUGGAUUGUGAAUAAAAGAGGCUGUAUGUGCCAGUCCAGUCAGUUCUGCUUGACCUCAAAACGAAGUGUCGUCUCGUUAUUGGGGGAAUUGGAUUGUAUGCUGAUUGCCAGGAGUGUAAGCUGAUUGUAUGCUUUUCCUGUUCAGCUGCUUACAGCAUUCAUAUGCUUGAGAGCAUUCGUAUGCUUCUCCGAUUUGGUGGUUGUGGUGUCUGCUGCAGUUCAUGGAGUCCUCAGGAAGCGUUAGGAGCAUCCUUCAACGGAGGUACCCAGUCGGGGUGCCAGGUGAUCUGUUACAAUGAGCUAUUAUAUUGUAUAUGUUCAUUAGUAGUUUAUGGUAUUGUGUAUGAUACACAUGAAUGUGGGCGGUGUAUGAGGGCUGUUUGUGGAAUUGUGUGUGGGUGGAUAUGUCACAUUAUGUGUUUGGUAGUGUGUGGGGGUUGUUUGGGGUUUUGCAUGUGAGAGGCUGCAUGUUGGAUUGUGUGCAUGUAUGAAGAUUGUUAGUGGUAUUGCGUUUGUGGGGAUUGUGUGUAUGUUUGUGUGUGGGCUGUUCGUAUUAUUUGUAUGAGGGGAGGGUUAUUCUGCAGCUCUGUGUAUAUCUAGCAGUGUGUGUGGCUUCCCUGGGUUCCAGUGCGGACCAGGCUGUCCAGGUACAGGUCAAGGACAGGAGCUGCAACAGCAGCUGUGGGCUGCUCUACUACAGUUUGGAUUCCCAUUCACAAGUGCUUGGAUGAAGUGAUUUGAGAUCACUUACUCUACAUUCUGCAAUGCAUAAAUUGAAGAUUGUCCUUCACCACCUUUUCGUAUUAGCAGAUAUCUGAAGUUUCACUGAGACUCCUGAUAGGCCAGAGCCUGUUUGGCUCUUGCAGCCUUGAGUGCCGUGUAAAGACACCUCGAGUGCCAUGUAUGGCACUAGUGCCGUAGGUUACCUACCCCUGGUCUAAAGUAUAACACAGUAUCCACUGACCCUGAUAUUAUAUUGUAUGUUACUCAAAAGAUUACCAAUGAAUAAAGGAUAACUGUGGAGUAGCCCCAGAAGAUUGUAAGUUAGCGAAUGUUGUGCCCAUUUACAAGAAAGGUAGUAGGGAGGGGUCGGGCAACUGUAGGCCAGUAAGCCUUACUUCAGUAGUGGGGAAAGUAAUGGAAACCAUGUUAAAGGAUAGGAUUGUUGGACAUCUAAAAUCAGAUCAGAGAUCACAUGGGUUUACUUCAAGGAGAUCAUGCCAAACUAAUCUUAUUGAUUUUUUUGAUUGGGUAACUAAAAUAAUAGAUCAGGGUGGUGCAGUAGACAUUGCUUACCUAGAUUUCAGUAAGGCUUUUGACACUAUUGCACAUAGGACGCUUAUCAAUAAACUGGAAUCUUUAAGUUUGGAUUCCAAUAUUGUUGAAUGGGUAAGGCAGUGGCUGAGUGACAGGCAACAGAGGGUUGCAGUCAAUGGAGUAUAUUCGAAGCAUGGUCUUGUCACCAGUGAGGUAUCUCAGGGAUCUGUACUUGGACCCAUUCACUUUAAUGUUUUUAUUAGUGAUAUUGCAGGUCUUGAUGGUAAAGUAUAUCUUUUUGCUAAUGAUACUAAGAAAUGUAACAGGUUUGGUGUUCCAGGACGGAUAAGCCAAAUGCCAAACAAUUUAAGUAAGCUGGAAAAAUGGUCCAGGCAACUGACAUUUAAUGUGGAUAAGUGCAAGAUAAUGCAUCUUGGACGUAAAAACCCAAGGUCAAAGUACAGAAUAUUUGAUAGAGUACUAACCUCAACAUGUGAGGAAAGGAAUUUAGGGGUAAUUAUUUCUGGUGAUGACUUAAAGGUAGGCAGACAAUGUUAUAUAGCAGCAGGAAAUGCUAGCAGAAUGCUUGGUUGUAUAGGGAGAGGUAUUAGCAGUAGAAAGAGGGGAGUGCUCAUGCCAUUGUACAGAACACUGGUGAGACCUCACUUGGAGUAUUAUACACAGUACUGGAGACCGUAUCUCCAGAAGGAUAUUGAUACUUUAGAGAGAGUUCAGAGAAGGGCUGCUAAACUGGUUCAUGGAUUGCAGGAUAAAACUUACCAGGAAAGGUUAAAGGAACUUAACAUGUAUAGCUUGGAGGAAAGACGAGACAGGGGGAUAUGAUCGAAACAUUUAAAUGCAUAAAGGGAAUCAAUAAAGGAGGAGACUAUAUUUAAAAGAAGAAAAACUACAACAACAAGAGGACAUAGUCUUAAAUUAGAAGGGCAAAGGUUUAAAAAUAAUAUCAGUAAGUAUUACUUUACUGAGAGGGUAGUGGAUGCAUGGAAUAGCCUUCCAGCUGAAGUUGUAGAGGUUAAUACAGUGAGGGAGUUUAAGCAUGCGUGGAAUAGACUUAAGGCUAUCCUAACUAUAAAAUAAGGCCAGGCACUAAUGAAAGUAUUUAGAAAAUUGGGCAGACUAGAUGGGCCGAAUGGUUCUUAUCUGCCAUCACAUUGUUAACUGUGUACUUUGCUGACACAUUGUACUUUGCUGACACUUUGUUGUAGCAUUAUGGCAAUAUUUGCUAAGCAGUGUUAUAUAGAUCUCCUGCAGCGAAUUAAAAUAUUUAGAGUGGAUGAGAUAUCAUAUUAUUGGGUCAAGUAUGACAUGUUAAAUGAUAAUUACACCAAAAGCUCCAAAUCUGCAGAAUUAUGUUAGAUGUUUUAAAGCAACAAUGUAAUACUCCACUAAAGUAAUGUUCAGAGCUAGAUUCACGUAUUAAUCUAAUUGCACCCAUUCAAUGCUGACUACUUUACCUCGCCCAUUCUAAGGAGCUCUAUUGGUUAAUGAUCGUAAUGUUAAGAAUCAUGUAUCUAGCUACUAAUUGCCAUGGCAUCCACCAAUAUAAAGCCCCUUGUCCAUAUAGUCAGGUAUAGCAAUACAUGGAAACAAAGAGGAGAGGUAUAAAAUCAAACAAAAACAAAAAUAAUAAUGACGCCACACCAGUGAACAAAUAAUGGUGAGAAAUAAUGCCUAAAUGAAAAUAAAUAAACAAAAGUUGAAAAAAACCAAAAACUGAAUAAAUCCCCAAUAUAUCCUUCCCUAAAAACUCUACCACUGUGCCUUGGAAGGCACCUGUCAUCCAAAAUAUACUACACAGACUAAUUUCUCUAUGUACCCUACAGUAGGGCUGCCCAAAAGGUAGAGCUCUAGGUAUUUUGUGUGCCCAUGGAAUGCUUUAGAAUAUCAAAGCAUCAUGGUUGCUGUAGUUUAAAAAUAUCUGGGGAUCUACUUUUUUGGGACCCUCUGCCCUAGUGGAAUCUAACACAAUGACUAUCACAUCAAUUAAAAUCUGUAGUGCCCCAUGAUGUAUAAUCAUUAUGUAUAAAAACAACAAUCAUCCCUCUGUCUCACUCUCUCAACUUCAGACACCACGAAAAGCAAUGCAUGUUUUGCCUAAAUGGCUCUUAAAAGAGAUUAGGGUCAUGGCACUUGUUUAAAUAUGGCACUUCCAUUUAUGAUUGGUAUGAACCAAUGGCAUGUCACAAAAUUCCGAGUAUAUAGGAUACAAACUGAUCCUCACAGUUUAUUAAAUAUGGAUAAAAAAGGUGGGUGUAAAUAAAGUCCCUCUUCUAAGGUUUAUCUCAAUAGUAGCACCUUCUAUGGCAUCCUUGUAGUAGUUCAUAUCUGCCGCCAGAUUCAUCCUGAGCUCAGCCAGCAUUUGCUUCAGUUGCCCCGCCGUGACCGGGUCACUGUCAGAGGGUUUCUUAGUGUGUGGCCCCUUUGGCAGGCUGUGAGAUGCCCCUGCUCCUGCAUCGAAGGGGAUAUCCUCUGAGGAGCAUGAGGAUUUUUCACCCUCCAGCGCCAUCUUGACCCAGGCCAUGCGUUGCGAGCCUCGGAGGAGUUCUCCAAUAUCGCAGCUCAUCGGUCCCCUACCAGCUUUCACUUUUUUUUCCAUUUUUUACACCCCAUGGCACCUUCCCACAGCAAAUACAAGGUUGGGUGGUGUGUUGUGGGCUGCGGAUCACUUUUAAAAUCUCUAUUUUUCAUCCGAGUAUCUCGGAGCUCUAAGGUAUGCUGCCUCUCCGUUAGGCGGCUAGCUCCGCCCCCGUAGUUUUUCUUCUUUUAAAUAUAGUCUCCUCCUUUACUGUGUUGAUUCUCUUUAUGUAUUUUUUUUUUAUAGAUUAUGUACAAUGAAAUUUUACAUUUUAUGAGUGAUCAUUUGCACAAACAGAUCAACAACAGACAUUAGUUUACUGCGUUAAAACCUUUAACAUAAUUCUGCAGUUUGGUAGCUAUUGGAAUGAUUAUUCUUUAUCACUGUUAUUAUAGUUCUAAUGUGCGAUAUCUGAAUAAUAAUAUGAUAUCUCAUCCAUUCUCUGUCUUUGACUUUGCAGCAGGAGAUCAAUAUAACAAUGUUUAGUGGAUCUUGCCUUUGUGCUACAAUGUGUCAGAAAAAUACACACUUAUCCUUAUUCACUGUUGAUUAUUUGAGUAACAUUAGAUACACUAUCAGGGUGAUUAGAUACCGAGUUUCUCUUUAGAGUAUCUAGAAAUCAUCUGAGGAUGUCUAAGUUGUUACAUUUGUAUUAUCAGAAAUAUGUGAGAGGAACUAACGGGGCAAUUUUCUUAUCCAUGUUAUUUACAGUUAAUGCACUAUGAUUUGUUCUCUUAUUUAUUUUCAGGUGUCAAUUUUAUGGUAAUAUUGUAUAUGUUUAUUUGUGUGUGCUCUCCCCUUUUUGUUUAUAUUUUCACAUUUGUAUCAUUUUCUUGUAUUAGACUAAGGGUUAUUGGUCAAUAACUGCUUCAGAACAAUUUUGAUUUUACUCUUUGAUAGUUCCUCUGUUUGCAACUACUUUAGAUUUUUAGUUAAAUUGCUGCAGUAUCCUGACAUUUUGCAGCAACCACCUUUAUUGAGUAAUAGAACAAUAUGAGUUCUUUAACUUAUUUUUUGUAACACUGAUUAUCAAGGACAUGUAUAACAAAGGAAAUAGUCACAGACAGGCCAAGGUUGUGGGAUACCAGAAAUCAGAGAGAACAGAGAGAGAAGCCGAGAGAGUUAGGACUAAGCUGCAUCAAAAACUAGAAUUAAUCACAACCUCAAGAACGAGCAAUAGUGAUCAAAAGGGAACCACAAGAAGUCGAUGUGCUUCAGGGCUAGAUAUGUCAUAAUUGACACAAUGAAUGCUUCCUAUGUCAACUUGCAGCCCAAGUCUGAUACUUUCCCUGUUUUACUGAUGGAAGCGCUUUAUUAGUUUGUUUGGGAGUUUUUCUAAUUUCCAGCAGAGACUCUGUAAUUUUUGUUUGGCUCGCACAUGCGCAUUCGGUUCGCGUUGUGUUUUCCGUUAAUUUCGUGGCAGCAUUCAUGGGUUCACUUUAAUCAAGUUGGUUUGGUCUUCUAGUAUAACUAUGGGUUCAUCCUUGUUCAUUUCGCGCAUGUGUGGUCAGCUCAUGCUUUUUGUUACAUAGUUACAUAGUUACAUAGCUGAAAAGAGACUUGCGUCCAUCAAGUUCAGCCUUCCUCACAAGUGUUGUUGCUGUUGAUCCAAAAGAAGGCAAAAAAAACCUGGUCUGAAGCGCUUCCAAUUUUGCCACAAACUAGGAAAAAAUUCAUUCUUGACCCCAAAAUAGCAGUCAGAUGUCUCCUUGGAUCAAGCAGCUAUUACCCCACUAAUUAGAAAUUACAUCCCUGUAUGUUAUGUUUUUGUAAGUAUUUAUCCAAUUUCAGUUUAAACAUCUGUAUGGACUCUGACAAAACCACCUCUUCAGGCAGAGAAUUCCAUAUCCUUAUUGUUCUUACUGUAAAAAAACCUUUUCUUUGACUUAGAUGAAAUCUCCUUUCUUCCAGCCUAAAUGUGUGACCUUGUGUCCUAUGUAUAGCCCUGUUUAUGAAUAGAUUUCCAGAUAAAGGUUUAACUGGCCCCGAAUAUAUUUGUAUAAAGUUAUCAUAUCCCCUCUCAGGCGCCGUUUUUCCAAACUAAACAUUUAUUUUUGUAAUGUAAUUUGGCGCUUGCUUUGGGCACGUUUGUACGCACAUAUAAUGAUGAUACCCUUGCUUUGGAAUUCUAUUUCUGGAUCUGUCCAGACCGGAUAACUUUGGUGGAACGCAUAUGAGUUCCAUCACAUGUUUCUAGAAUGAAUGAGAAUCUUAUGUAUAUUUUGAGCUGCACAGAGAUAAUGAAGACUUUCUUCUUUUUGAUAAUAUACACUUUGAGUUUACAAUUAUUUGUCAGUAUAAGUUAUGUGUUCAUGUUCAUUUUAAUAUUUUUUUGUUACGUUUGGCGUAUGUUUAUGUUUGGUUUCCUUGACAACCAUGACGAUAUGAUCAUGAUUGGGAGGAUUUCACUAGUGAGUGGUCACCCAUAUGUCCAGGUGUUUUUCAUUACUAAUUCCUCUUGAUGAUAUAUAAGAGAUUGAGUAAUACUUUGUCUGACAUGCUCCCUUGAUAAAAGCAUUUUGGCCGAAACAUUGGGGGUAUUUCCUUGAUUAUCCUCCUUCUCUCAUUAUCAUUUAUCUUUACAUUUUUGGUAUGUAAUUUGGCUAUCUUUGUGAAUAUUUCAUUUUUCCAUGAUUUGUGGUGUUUAGCAAGCUAACAAUUUUUUUAUUGGUGUAUAGAUAAUUUUGUACUGUGUAUUUUGGUAUUGGUAAUAGAAUAUUCCUGUAUACUGAUAUAUUAGGUAUCCAUUUUGAAUAAUAUUGUUACUGCAUAUCAUAUUGGCAUUAUUUUGUUACAAGUGCCCUUUGAUGUUUCUAAUGUAGACCAUAUAUGUUUAGUGUAUUUAAUAAAGGCAUUUGAUUUAUUUUACAUUGGUGUGCUCCCCAUUCUAUUAAAUAUGCAUUCUGUAUUUUGAUUAUAUAUUAUAUUUGCUAUAUAUUAUAUAGGCUAUUAUAUAUGGAUUCUGUAUUUUGGUUAUAUAUUAUAUAUGCUAUAUAUUAUAUAGGCUAUUAUAUAUGCAUUCUGUAUAUUGGUUAUAUAUCAUAUAUGCUAUAUAUUAUAUAGGCUAUUAUAUAUGCAUUCUGUAUAUUGGUUAUAUAUCAUAUAUGCUAUAUAUUAUAUAGGCUAUUAUAUAUGCAUUCUGUAUAUUGGUUAUAUAUUAUAUAUGCUAUAUAUUAUAUAGGCUAUUAUAUAUGCAUUCUGUAUUUUGGUUUCAUGGGGAAUAGGACCUUUUGAGUGAGCAGCCACAUAUUACUAUUUAUAGGUUUAUUCUGUGUGUUUAGUUCAGUGUGCCUACCUUUUCAAUUAUUUUAUGUUAACUAAGAACUCUUUUCUACGAGCCUCUCCAAAUUGCCAAACACACCAAUCCAAAUAUUACUUAUACAAGCUUACAAAAAUCUAGCAAUGCAAAUUCCCAUAUAGUGUCGCCCCUGUAGACUCAAUAUAUCCCAACAAAAACAUUUCAAACAACUCAUUAUGUCCAGAGCAUACAUUUACAAAUCCUUAAAUAUAAAAAAAACAUAUUGACUGCUCAUUUUAAAGCUGAUUUGCUUGCAUUUCUAUACAUUACCAUCUCCUCUAUAGAUUAAAUUCAUUGUUCCAACUACUGUGCUCCUGAAUGAGGCCUCAGAACAUGUGCUGACAUAAGGCUUUCACUAAAGCUGGCUCUGCCACUCUGUGACUUGAUCAGCAGGCUAUAUAAACCCCACCACAAAAACUAGCUGGCAUGUUGCUUCCACUGGACACUCAGUUGCUUGCUCUCAGUAAGGUAAGAACUGCAUUAUGGCAAACCUUAUAAGCUGAAUGUUAGCACAUUAGAUUAUUGGAUUUCCAUUUAUGAGGGAAACUAAGAAUUUAGAACCCAGAGGUCCCCAAUGAACGUGCUCAAUACAUAGUAAAUAAAUUAUUGACAGACAACUUAUAUUUUAUACUAUGGGAUCUAUUCAUAUACAUGUCCCUCUAAACAUUACAUUUAUUACAACCAAUAGUUUAGUUUAAUAUUGCUUACAGUUGAAUAUACUGCAUAUAGUUAAACAGUAUACAGAGUAAAGAGAUUUACUGAUAGCAUGAUAAUUGGAAUAGAGUAGAUAGGAAGACAUUUAAUUUAUUUUUAUAUUCUGGCACUUUAUAAAAGCCUUUAAUAAAUACUUAAAAAUAAAUAAAAAGAAGUGGUGAGCAAGGGGGAAAAAAUAAUAUAUAUAUUAUUAUAUAUAAACUCCAUACAAUUUAACAGUAUAACGGAAAUAUAUUAAAUAAGCUUAAGUAGCAAAGUAUUAGGACCCUAUUCGCUAAAUUUUACAACCUAAAGAUAAAUAAUUGAUAGUACAAGUAUUUUGAGUUUAAGUUGUUUAUAAAGAAAUAGCGUAAACUAGGCACAUAGAUGUGACUGCUUUGAUUUGUCAGAUAAAAUCUGGAGUUCACAUAUAGAAAGAAUGCAUAUUAUUGAUGGAUUAUAGAAAGUCAUUUGUAGGAACUUUUCACAAAUCUGUUAAACCUCUGCAUUCCUUGUUUUUAUUGCAAGAACGUUUUACUAUUGACCACUGGGUGAGGUCUUUAACUCUAAUACUAAGAAGGAGAUGUUUCUUUAUGGGAUAAAAAUUCCUAUGGUCAGCAGUCUUUAAAACUUUGAGCUAAGUAGGACAAAACAUUGCCGUGGGCUAAAAACAUUGUGUAUCGCUGUCUUGACAGUUUGUGUCAGAUGCCUAAAAGCAGAAACAAGAAAGCGAUAAAGAGAAAUAUCACUGGAUUUUUAGUUGGCCUGGUUUAACAAAACUCAGACACUCUCUAAAAGAUGGUAAUAAAAUACCGGCAGUCAGGUAACUAAAUAUCCUAAAUAACUAACCAAUGGGUUGUUAAUGGUAGUAGACUGAGAAUAAACAGUGCAAGUUAGGGUCAGAUACCCAACGGUCAGAAUAAAAAAAAUAUCAAGCCAAGCACAGUCAAUUAAGAUAACACCAUAGCAAAUGUUCUUAGUGAGGUGAAACUAUCCUUGGGCAGAUAUUUUGCUGGUUAUCAAUAAGCCUCAGCCAGUUUAGGAUAAUGGUGAUAGAAAGAGCACAUACAAUGAUUUAUGCGCAGUGAUGUUAGUACUGCUCAUAUGAACACACAAUAAGGGGCACAUUGUCAUGAGCAUCAGCAUGAUUAAAUUAAGCCAGUGAUAAUCUGCAUGGAUGGCAGCAAAGUCUGAAAACCACCCACCUCCUAUUUAAUCCAUAGAAUGACUUUUCAGCUUCCAAGCGUCAGAGUUUAUACCACUAAAGCAAGAAUCAUGCACUAAUCUUGAUGCAUACAAAUAUUUAUCUAUCUAUCUAUCUAUCUAUCUAUCUAUCAAUUUUGUUAGUACACCCCGUAACAAGUUAUAGUAAAUAAUUAUUUAUUAAUUUCUGAUACACGUCGGACAGUUUGCUAUUUUUUCUGUUGGUUUUCUAUUUCUAAUACAUUACCCAUUUUAAUCAGAUUUAACUACCUGAGUGCCUUUCAAAUGCAUUCUGGGACGAAAGACAGGGCAUUAAACAAGAUGAGUAGGAUAGCAUACACCACUUUAAACAGCAUUCAUUUUUAACGUGUUUCUCAAGGAGAAAUACAUUGAGAUAUCAAUCACGUUCUCAAGCCAGUCAAAUUACAGUGCCGAGACAAAUAUUUUGACAUGAAGAAUAGCCAUAUUUGCUCUAGUGCAGAUGACAGAAUGUACUUACAGCAACUGAUCUGUCAUCUGUUUAAAAUAUAUUGGUUCCUCUCUGAUUUCAUAACCGUCGUCAGAAAGCCAGCAGCUCUUGUGGAGAGAGGGCCCCGAAUAAUAUAAGAAGUGUAUUUGAAUAUCUCAUCUGGGAUGAAAGUGACAAUGUGGUGAAUAUUUAAGGAGCCAGUUUGUGAUCUAAAACAUAUAAAUGGUGCUAUUUAUUUGGCAGACUCGUUAAAUCCAUAUAUCUAUCUUUAUAUAUCCUAUUUACUUUGAAAGUAGCAGGAUAUGGAAAGGUUAUCAUUGUCAUUUUGAUAUCGUGUGGUAAAACUAUAAUAAUAGGAACAGCAGUUUGCAAAUAUUGCGGCUCAUUUGUUCUAACAAGUCCCUUGGGGAGCCAUUUUUGAAAUGUUAUACUUGAGUAGUAUAGUUUCAAUGUAGAAGUGAUCUUUGUCUAACCAUUGAUCAUGGACACCAUUUUUUUUAUUUCUAAAAACAACUAUGCUGCAUCAGUAGAGAAGUAAAAGAGAAAGAUAGAAACAAGUGCAUGAUUAAACACAUUUUUAUAAAAUGAAAAGACUAAGGGAUAGUUAACACUAACAAACAGCAAUGCAGUGUUUAUUGCAAUACUCAAUCUUUUUUUUUCCAAUAGUGUUUGGGCCUUUAUAUAGCAGUAGAACAUCAUUUCAUCCUUUGCUUUGUUUCAAAUGUCUUUUUAAUCUUUUGAAAUUCUCUCAACUAAAUGUCAAGAGGGGUGAGUCAGUAUAGAUGACGUGCGUGGUACGAAAUGGGUCAUUUUAUCUGACACAUUGCAGAGCUGUAGGUGUUCAGGCACAUUAUAAAAGCAAGGAUGUUUUUCUUUGUGAGCUAUUCAUUCAUCAGGUUACUUAAUUGAGGAUAUUGAAUUGUUAAGCUAUGCUGAUGGUGAACCAUAUCAGAAUUUGAUUUUCAAGCAUCUUACUAGACAUUAGGAAAAUAUUACAGAUUAUAGAAUGGUCAGGGCAAACAGACAAGGUGCAGAAUAUUUAGUUGUUAGACAAAAGCGUGGCCGUUAGUUGUUCUAUUAUAAUACAAAAUAUGUUCAAUUAAUGUCGCCACUUUAUUAAUAAGACAUAUGCAAUUCCAGGUAGGCAAGGCUGUACUGGAAAAAAAAUUCUGGUAUAGCAGCCCAGUACGAGGUGGUGGGGACAGAGAUGGUGCAUGUCAUGUCAAAGUGAGUACGUUAGUUUGCUGUCCCUCCAGGGCAUCUCAUGCGCAGAACCCUGAUGAAGAGCUUUUGCAUCUGAACAAACUCCUGUGUUUGUGUAACACAGCACAGCUCUGUGUUAACUGGUGCCUUGUCUCUGUUGUCAAUAUUAGAGGGACCAGAAGACAAAAUUGGUAAAUGGCCGGUAAAGGGUUCUGUGCAUGUACAGGGAUGCUGCCUGUGGUGCUAUAUGUGGUUGGAGGCUGAUUUUGGGAGUACUUGUGUGUAUAGGCAACUGUUUCUGGUGAAGUGUGUGUGGCUAGGGAUUGUACUGUGUAAAGAUUAUGUGUGACUGUCGUCUGUCUAGCUAGUGGUUGUAGAGAGGGAGAAAGAAAGCAUUUGUCUAUGGAGUGUAUGAUUCUAGAGGGUAUAUUGUGUAUAUAUGUGUACAUGGGGCUGAUGUGUCUGUUUGGGUGUAUCUAGUGGCUGUAGCAUGUGUGUACAGGGGCUGUAAUGUGAGUGUUUAUGUAUGGGGCUGUAGUUUGUGUGUGCAGGGUAGUAUGUGUUUAUAGGGGCUUUUGUGUGUGUGUCUAGUGGGUGUAGUGCAUGUAUUUGUGUUUCAAGGGUGUAUGUGGAUCUAGGGUCUUGUAGUGUAUGUAUACAUAUAUCCAAUGUACAUGUAUAUUGGUUGUAGUGUGUGUAUAUUUAUAUAGGCUGUAGUGUAUGUGUAUGCGACUAAAAUGUGUUUUAAUAGGAGCUGUUUUGUGUGUGUGUGUGUUUGUGUGUAUAUGGGGGGCUUUAGUGUGUAUGUACAGGGUCUGUCAUGUGUGUGGAUGCAUAGGGGUUAGGGUGCACAGGGGAAGAAAAAGUUAAUGUUAAUUAAAAUUAAAAAUCUAAUCAAAUAAAAAAAAAGGAGAAAUAUCCUGGUGGAUGCACUCUCUGGUGGCACAUUGCUUUAAAUGAGCUCUGUGAUUAGUGGGAGCGUUGCCAUUCUAACCCACGGCAAUUUUCUCAGUGAAAGGAGCUCACAGUAACAGAGAACUUGACCCCUAUCUGGAGGCGAGAUAUGAUGCUCCCUUCACCACUCUGCAUAUGUGAGUAAUGGGCCAAUGACUGAGAUUUCUGGUCUCCCCAUCGGCACAUAAAUGGUACUUAGUUACCUAUAUGGACAGCGCUCACUGAGCAUUGGCCCUGCAUGGGUGAACUGGGGAGAGCCUUUGAUCUCCCUGCUCAGUCUUGUCCCUCGGUCAUCGUGACCCAUCGGCAUUUGCCCGGUUUGCCCAGUGACCUGUCCGAGCCUGCAGGCAGAUAACCAUUUGCCUCCAGGACAAUCUGUUUUCUUCGGGGAUUUUAGUUCUUGCUGGCUUUAUAUCAUCACAUAAUUCCUACAAAUUUUUGGUCACAUAUUCAUGUCUUCAAGUAUCCCCUUCAAUUUUAUAUCAUGUUCAUGGAUCAGGCUUAAGAUGUUGUGUGUAUUGUAAAUUGUAAAUAACAUACUACUCCUUGAUGGUCAUAGCCCAUGAUAUCUUUUAAAUAUACUUUUAAAACAUAUCUUUUAAAACUACCUUAAUAUUUAAAAGAUAUCAUGGGCUAUGACCAUCAAGGAGUGCUCUUGGCAGCAGCAAUGAUUAGGUAUACUGAGAUCUUUCGAAUUAUGCUCAAUUUUAUUGUGCAGCUUAAUGCAUGCUAUGAAUGCCUUCUUCACACUGUUACACCAACAACAGUUUACAUCAUAUUCUGACCCUUCACAGCAGAAAUUGAGAUUCAUCAAGACAUCUUCAAUUGACCAGUUUCCACUUUUAUAAAGGAUUAUGGUACUCUGGGUAAAUAUCCAGAGUAGCAUAAUCUUUAAUAAAAGUGGAAGCUGUCAUUGUCUUCUGCUUUGGUCUAUUUGCUCAAGAUUUGACGAAUGAUGUGUUCAGGAAUGUUCUUCUGUGCACAACUACUAUACAGUAUGUGUGACUUUUCUGCUACAGGCUUGAUUAAGGCCUUUUGGCUGAAACAGUUUGUUUGUUCUUUUAUUAUGUCAGUAAUGGCUAACCUUGACACCAUAACUUGUUUAUGGACUACAUUUCCCAUGAUGCUCAGCUAGCUUUUAGAGUCUAAAAGCUAGCUGAGCAUCAUGGGAAAUGCAGUCCAGAAACUAUUUAUGGUGGCAAGGUUAGCCAUCACUGUAUUAUGUCCUUACUAUAAAUAACUUCAAGUCUUUUAGCUAACAACGUGGAGCUUGUGAUUCUGUGUACAUUGUAUGCUGUUGGGGACAGUGGAUCCCAUUGAGAAAGUUCUGGUUUGAGCUGGUUCCUCUUCUGCUAUAUGCUGGAGUGCCACACCACCUAUUGUUGUUGUUUUUUUCUAUCGCUACAAAUCUUCUUCUCUGGCCCACCCACCUGUAUGUGUGUUAUUGCAUUACGCAAUGUAAACACUAGGUAUUGUAGUUUAUGACUCCCAGUAGGGCAGCUAAUUUUACCAGGUUUGGUAACAAUAUAAUAUCACCUUUACUGUCAUCAAGAUCAUGUGUCUUAUAAAAUAUGUUCAUCAGAAUGCUGCCUUAUUGGAUUAAGUAAUCACCUUUGCUGACACAAAAGUAGUAAAUCAUUUUAAAGACGCAUCUGUUCUUCAUUAAUUAUGGGCUUUGUAACUAUAACUGUGCACUUGUACUUUGGUCAGAAUGUUGCCUACAUUGCUUAAGUUACGUCAUUAUACAGCAUGAUUUCCCCAUAAAACAUUUAAAGCUCCUUUUUUCUACAUCUGAAGAACUAGAGGAAUUAAUGAAUUAAUGGCCGUUGAAGAACUUUGUCUACAAUUGUUUAUAACCUAUAACAUUUACAGGGUUGUUUAUUAAAGUUUGAAUUGUUGGAAAUUCAAAGUGAAUCAAAAGUGAAUUUCAGAUCUAAGGCCAAAAUAGCACAACUGCUAAGCAUAGCUAACCUGGAGAUGUUUUUCUACUUUAACUCUUAUGACCUUAAAUUUGAAUUUCACUUUACAUUUCUGACAAUUCACCUUUAGUGAAUAACAAUGAGAGUAGCCAAACAGAAGCAUUGGUGACAUAGAUUUUUUUUUAUUAUUUAGUCUAUUUUGACCUUUACUUUGACCUUCAUUAUGAAUUUCCAUUUGAAUUGCCACUUUGGUAAAUAACCCUGUGAUACUAUUUAUCUCUGCAUAUUACAAAGCAAAAAGGGGGCAAGAGUCUGCGCUAAACCAAAAGAGCAGCAACCCUAAAAGGGGAAUCCCUCAAGGAACCCUUUAAGAGACAGGAAAAUACAAGAGAGGGGGUUAAGGGCUGCGCUGAAAAAAUAAAAAAAUAAAUAAAUCAACGAAUGAUAAUAAAACCAGAUAUAAUCAAUAGACAAAGUUCAUCCAAAAAUAAUUGAAACAGUCUCACUGAUAUCUGAUGAUAAGAUAAUAGUCCUCAGGUGUUGUAGUAUGGCAAAUAGUCCUCAGUAGCUGCCAAUGGUGAAAUAUUGUAUGUCCAGAAUAAACUUUAGAUAAACUUGGAGGAAGCAUUUGUCUUUGUCUGCAAGCUAAAACAACAAAUUGGAGGUUUUUUUUUUUUUUUUACUAAAUGUGAGAAUUCACAUGCGUAUUUCCAAUUUGAAUCCAAAACAGCAGCUGGAAAAAUAGCCGAGUAGCGGAAUUUUUCCAGUUUGGCUAUUUUAGCCCUCAUUUGCUAAUUACCUUGCCAAUUCUAGACAAUUUCUGUUUUAGUCUCACAUGUACACUUACUUAAAAUGAAUUGCUUUAGAUGACUAUGGUGGCAAAUAGAAUGAUGUUGUUAAAUAUAGUUACAAAUGCACAAACAAAAUUAAAAAUGUGGCCCAUACGUGGCCCAAGACUAGUACAGUCUUAUUGUGCACCUGUUACUGUUUGUCUGUAGAUAAUUGCACUUUAUUUAAAAUAGAAUUACAGGACCCAGAUAACAAAAAAGAAAAAAUACUGAAAUUGUGGCCUAGGUGUUCAAAUAUAUUUUUGCUGUAGCAAAAUCAAAUAUCUACUAUGAUUUCAUCCUCAACAUCAAAUUUUCCAAGCCGUGGUGUCUUCCACCAGUUUUAUCAGGAUUGUGAAAUGCAAGAUAGAAUAAAUACCCUUUGUAGGCACACAGUUUUAAAUCAUGGACAAAAAUAUAUUCUUUUACUUGUCUUUUAAUGAAGGUGAGAUUGAACCGUUCUUUAUAUAAAUCUUUUCACUUAAAUUUUACAAAAUCAAUUCUACUGCAGAAGAAACGUUGCUACUACCUGAGGAGAAGCAUCCAAGUUUUAACUGCACAAGGACGCAAGCAGGGGAUAUUGUGCCAAACUGAUUGCUUAAUGCAGGGAUUGGCACAUCAACAAGGCACUUUAGAGCAGUCAUCUGGGAUACCCUCUGAAAACUUUCCAAUGCAAGCAGCAUUAACUAAGCCCACUCAUAAGGCACUAGGCAAACAAAUGAUGUUUAUUUAUUAAUUCACCUAAAUGAGUUUUCCAGAGUCAGACAGAGCUAUAAUUUUCAAAGAGACACUGUCAGAGUGCAAAAAAAGGAACCCUUAAUUUCACCUGUACAACUUGGAUUUCAACUUCUUUAUUCAAUGGAAUAUUCUUUUAUACUAUACUGUGUUUAUAUAUCUAUAUAUAUGUCAAUUGUUAUGUCUGUCUAAUGUAUGUGGUAUAAAUAUAUCAUAUAGACAGAUACCAUUUAAAAUACCUCAAUGUGUAUUUCUGAUUGGCCUGUACACUGAAUCAGAAUUCGAGUCAGAACUUUAAUGCUUCUUUACACUUUUCAUGUGUUUGUUUACUGGAGAUCAAUAAAGACAAUGUCUCAGUAAAAUAAACUGACAGUUUACUAGAUUGAAUAAUCAAUGAAUAAAAAGAUGUGGUGAAAGGAAAAUAAAAGCAUUGUCUUACUAACAAAGAUUUUCCCUCUCUCCGCAGGAUAGAGCCAAUAUGACUCAACACUGUACUAAAUUUGCUGGCCACUGGAAGGUAAUCAACACUUUGAUAAAAUAUAUAUUUUUUUUUACAGCAGUUAUAAUUCACGCACAGAUUUUAACCUAUUUCUUCCAUCCUCAUGUAUACAUUGGCUUAUUUUAGCCCCAUUUACCUAGUCAUUCCCCUCCUCACACUCAUUAUUGCUCAUCUCUGGACGGAGAUACUGGAAAAGCUGGCCUCUCCGAUCCUAACAGCACAUAAACUUAUAUGGCUCAAAACAUUGACUGCACUCUAAGCACCAUCCAAAGCUUUUUUUUGACAACUAUGUGUGGAGGAAAGAAAAUGAGCCUUUAUUGUACAGAAGCCCAAUUUUACAGUAACACUCUUUCUUGUACAGAAGAAAUGAUUUAUUAUAAUUUAUUUUAAUUGAUUAAUAUUGAUUUCAGAAGUGUCCCAGGUGUACGAUGGCACAGAUUCUUUACUAGCAUUAGAAAUAAUUUUUAAACAUUGGAGUACACCACUGACCAAGAAUAGUCAUGACAUGCCAUGAUUAUCAAUGGUACCUUAACAUUUCCCUUUCUUAUUAUUGUUGGUCAUUAUUGUGAGUCAUAGUCCCCACUCCACAUGUUCUUACUUACCUUGCAGAUCAUCGUAUGGGAUGAGGAAUGCUUCCAAGGUCGCAGACAUGAAUUCACAUCCGAAUGCUAUAACAUCAUGGAAUCUGGAUUUGAAACAGUUCGAUCAUUUAAAAUAGAGAGUGGAGCGUGAGUACCUAAUUUAUACCUUCAUUAUAUUUGGUUGUGGUCACAUUGGAACCCUUUGAUGAUUGGCUGGUGUGGUAGCAACACAUCUUGUAAAACAACAGGUUGUGUGUUUAGUAAGGCAGGGCUAUGAAUUGCAUUUUAUUAUAUACAUGUAUCUGAUUUUACUUAGUUGUUUGAAGAUUGUAUCAGUAACACUAACACCCCUGAAGAAAAUUCAGCCAAAGAAAUCAGAUGGAUAUUUGUCAAGGCUGGAAUAUUUUGGAUUUUUUAAGAUUUGAAUUUUUGCAUUGUUAUAAUGUGUAUGUGUGUGAACAUAUGAUGUAACAAUGCAUAAAUACAUGUGAGAAAAUUUUUACAAAAAUCAGAAAAGUCCUUGGAGUAAUUAUUAUAUUUUCAGAACUAUUGUACAUGGAUAAAUUAAUCGCGGAUGCUAUCUAACAAUGAAUAAAUAAUUGUACAUCGAAAAAGUUAUUAUUUAAGAUACUACAUGCAUAUUUUUAAAUAUUAUGAUUUAUAAUAGUAACAUUAUAAUUAUUUUGAUUAUAAUUUAUUAAAAAUCGAAAUGUUGCUUUGGUGUAUUUUCAGGUAUAUAAAAACCAAAAGAAGCAUGUUGCUGACAUACAAAAUAAUAUCUCCAGAUUGAUAGCAGACACAGGGAAACUCCACAAUCCUAAACUUUACCAUGCACAUUGGCUUAACAUAGUACAAAUAAACAAAGUAGACAUGUCACAGGCUUUAUUUGUUAGAACUGAUUGCUUCAAACAUGACAAUGUCAUGAACUUGCUUUAGGAUUUAGAAAUAUAUCUCCCAUUUAAUACACGCCUCUUAAAUUGUAUGUUAUUUUUUUCUUUUAGAUGGCUUGGCUAUGAACACUUAGGAUUCCAGGGUCAGCAGUUUGUUCUGGAAAGAGGAGAGUAUCCCCGCUGGGAAGCCUGGAGUGGAAGCAAUGCUUAUCAUGUUGAGAGAAUGACUUCCUUCCGACCAAUUGCCUGUGCUGUAAGUAUAUAUGCCUCUAAUGUUAUUAAACUCAACAGGAUACCUGUACAGGGAGCACAAUAAUACUGAUAGACCGGCCUUCUGACAAACUAAAUAAAACAAGAUUUAAAAAGAAAAUCACAUUGAAACAUGUUUUCUUCAACGUAUUUGUUUUACAUAAGCCACUGAAAACAAUAUUUCGAAUGUAUUAACAUUAUUUUAAUCUAACCAACCUUGGUAAGUUUUGGUUGAACUUAUUGUAGAACUUGGGAUUGUUUUCAGUGUGGAGAUGGCAACCUAGAAAUUUCAACCCAAUUUGCUAACCCAAACAGAGAGGGUUAUUCAUUAACGUGUGAAUUGUCAGGAAUUCCCAAUGAAUUUUAUUUUUUAGCCAAAAAAACUGAAGUUGAAAAAAUAUUCACAUCAGUUCAGCUAUUUUGGCCUAAAAGUUGAAAAAGUUAAAAUUUAGGUUAAAUUCACUUUGGAUUCCUGACAAUUCACAGUUUAGUAAACGACUAUGUAUAACUUUAAUAACAGUCACAGAAUAUAAAAUAGCAUUUUCACCUUUCUCAAAUAACCCUAUAAUCACCAACCUUUGCUAAAUCUUCUAGUUAUAUGUAUUUUACGCAGAUAUGUGAACAACAUAAUGUUCAUUACAGUGGUGUAUUCUGGUUUUGUGCUGCCCUAGGUAUGACAAAACUCUGGCACCCCCCCACUCCAAAUUUCUCUUCCUGACAGACACACGCCCUUACUGAUGCAUGCACUGUUAUAUACUCAGAGAUACACAGUCAUUGUCACACACACUGUUUAACCAACACACACUUUCAAUGAAACAUACACAUUCACAGACUUAAACACUCACUCAUUCAUAGUUACACACACAUUCUCAUUCUCCGACAGACACACAUAUACACUAACUGACAGACACACACUCACCGACAGACACAUACACGCUCACUGACAGAAAUGCAUACACACUCACUCAGUGUUAGACACACACACUGGGACACACUCACUGACAGAUACACACUGACAAACACAUAUACAACACUCACUGACAGUCAUUAAUGUACUUAGUGUCAGACAAACACGUUGACUGACAGACACAGAUACACUAGCUGACAGACACUCUCACUAACAGGUACACACACUCACUAACAGACACACACACACAUGCACAUGCACACACUAACACUCACUAACAGGUACACACACACAUACACACACUAACGCACUCACUAACAGACACACACAUUAACACCCACUAACACACACACUCACUAACAGACACACACACACACACACACACACACACAAACACACACACUCACUCACACACUAACAGACACACACACUAACAGACACACACACUAACACACUCACUAACAGACACACACACACACACUAACACACUCACUAACAGACACACACAUUCACAAUUUAAAAUUAACAAAAUUCAAGUUGAAUCCACCCAGCCUUUGGGAGUGCUGUAAUGGAUUCUUCCCUGUGGUCCAGUGGGGCUGGCUGCAGCUCGGCGGGCAGUCGGGCUGGCAGGCGCAGACUGGAGGCGGGCGGAGGGUGGCAAGGGAGCUCUGAUCCUUCUGCUCAGCUCCCUCACGUGCCUAUUAGUGAUGCCGGGGCCAGUCUUUUUUAGUAGCCACUUAGUCACAAACACUGCCCAAAAUUGGUGUUCAAAUAGUUUUUUGCAUUUUUCACACACAAACAAAUAUUAACGCUAACUUUGGCCAGUGUCUGUGACUAAGUGGCUACUAAAAAAGACUUGACAUACCCCAUUUGCAAUACCUUGGGUUGUCUACUAUUGCAAAUGGUAUGCCAUCAUGGGGGUAAUUCUCAUUCCUGGGCUACCAUACGGUCUCAAAGGCAACACAACCAAUCCGGUGAAUUUCAAUGUGAAAAAAAUGAAAAAUAUAACAUGCUAUAUUUGACCCUGUAACUUCCCAAAACACCAUAAAACUUGUACAUAGGGGGUACUGUUUUACAUGUGAGACAUCGCUGAAUACUAAUAUUUGUAUUUUAUUGCAGUAAAAGCAAGCAGUGUUAUGACCUACACAGUUAAAAUGUCAUGCGGAACUAAAAAAAUAACAACAUUUCUUAAUUUCUCACUUUUUUUUAUAUUUUAUUAAUUUUAUGUUUCAUAGCUACAUAUUUGAUGUUAAAUGAAAGCCCUAUUUCUCCUCUGCAAAAUGAUAUAUCAUAAGUGUGGGUGCAUGAAAGAGGUGAAUUACGGUUGAACAGACAUAUAGCGUAAAUGCCAGGUUUUGUUUACGUUUUGUUUUGAUCAAAAGGUGUACAUUUGGCUCAGUCCUUAAGGGGUUAAGGGAGGACGAGAAAAACAGGAGACAUGGAUGAAGGAAAAAUGGUACAGAGUUUGAGGAGAAGUGAAAGAACAGACUAAUUGUCACUGUGUUGAGUAUAGAAUGGAGAUAGGUAUUGGGGAUCAAUAUACAAUUCCCUACAGGUGGAGAAAUAGGGAGAGCCAGAGAAUGAUGGGCACGGGAAAAGAGAAUUUGUCACCCCCCUACAUUUUAAAUUAUAGAACUGUCUCUGGAAAGACAUUCACAAAAAAAGCACGCUGAUUAUGUGUUAAUUAUUUAGUGGUGGGAAAAUGUAAUUUUCUUUAGUUUUAAAUAGAUCCCUCUUUGUAUUUUUUAAAGUGUGAUGUUCUGUUGUUGAGUAAAUAUUACACUUAAUUGUUCCCACGGGUGGGUUGCAGUAAAAUGUAUUACUUAUUUUACUAUUGUUCUGUAUACCAUCGUGUUUCACUCUCGUAACUUAUCGUCUUAUUUCCUGAGAUCUUUUCAUGGCAUAAACUAGCAGAAUUUAAUAUGGCAAUAUAAGAUACUGUACACCUGAAACAUGGGAGAGCUGCAAGCUAAAUGUUGACCUAGUAAAACUGGUGAAAGUUUAUCAGGUUUCAGAUAUUAGUUAUUAAUUAUGUAAAUCUUGUGCUGACUUUCUGACAACAGAAUCACAAAGAUAUGAAAGAAAAUCAAUCUAAAAUAUAUAUUUGAUCACUAGCUAAAAGUGGAAAAUAACCCUCACCAUACAAUAAGAUAAUAAGCAGCAGACUGUAAAAACAGUAUAACAUUAAUUUGGCAAAACCUUAAAUAAACUAGAGUUACACAAUAUAUCAUUAUUACAACAUCACACCAAGCCAAACUUUAUUAAGGAAUUUGAACUAAUGUGCCACAUAUAUUUGGCUAAUCACACGAUCAAAAAAUAGAACUAUAUAUUUGAAGGAAAUCUGUGUAAGUCAUUUAGUUAAGGAUUCUUCAUCAUCUCAUUAAUAACAUGACUAAAUAUACCUUGUGAUGGACAAAUUGGUGUUAUUCCAUUUGUUCUACCAAAUAGGUAAUUCAAUCUAUAGAGACAUUUUACAGAAUUCUCUUUAUUCUCCAGAACCAUCGUGACUGCAAGAUGUCCAUCUUCGAGAGGGAAAACUUCCUGGGAAGGAAAGGAGAGCUGAGCGACGACUAUCCUUCUCUUCAGGCUAUGGGAUGGUGUAACAAUGAAGUUGGCUCUUUCCGUGUUCAUUCUGGAGCGUAAGUCAUGUCGAUUCUUAUAUGGUGGUCAAUUGUUUUUAUGUUCUGUUUCACAACUACUCAAACGAAGACACAAAUCAUAACACGUCAACAACCAUUUAACGCUGAAAAGAUGUAGCAGUAAAUAUCAAAACAGUAUACAUGCAUUUCCAUGAGCAAUCUAUAAAUGUUGUCACAUUUUUAGAAUUUUUUCUAAUUUAUAGUUUUUCAAGGAAGGUUUUCCCUGGUCUUUAUUGUUCUUAAAGCGCUCUUAAAAUGCACCUAAUACAAAUCAGUAAUUCCAUAGACUAUAUACAGCCAACUAAAUUCGAAUGAUACAGGUCUGCAACUUAAAUAUUAUUGGAAUAGAUUUGCAAUUCCAUUACAUCCUUCAACUGCCUAUACAUUUUAGAGUAAAACGUUAUCAGGGUGUAUAUGACUUCUGCUUCCUUAUUGGCAAAUGGCACAGGUAUGCAAAGUGUGCCCAGCCACACUCUAAUGCAUAAUUGUCACACUACUCCUAUUUAAAUCCUGCACACAUCUAAUAGUUUCAAAUAGUUUAUUAUCUUUUCAGAAAUUAAUUUAAGUUUAUUCAGUGAAUCAAAUUUUUUUUUUUCUUGUUUUUAUCUUGAAGCCUGUAUUAUAAGUGUUCAUGUUGUAAGAUAUACAAAGUAGUUUAGAUAAACUGUAGUUUAUUUAAUCAAUAGAAAUGGCCCUUUUGAUAGCUGAGUUUGCGAUACAUAUUCUCUUUUUACCAAAAAUAUUAAUAAAUCCAAUGUGUACACUCUAAUGAAUUGUGUUAACACACUUAUGCUUAUUGGUUGCUGAAUAUAUACUUUUUAAAAUAAUUGUAACAUUUUGUAAAAGAGUUGCAGAUGUAAGAAAAAAGUGAGUAGGUUAAAAUUCUAAAUGGUAGGUCAGGGGUCGGAAUCCUUCGACACUCCAGAUGUUGUGGACUACAUGUCCCUUGAUGCUUUGCAACAUCUGUAGCGUGGUAGGUUGCCAACCUAUGUGGUAGGUUAAAAGUACAGCUCUCCAUAAUGACUGAACAGUUUGGCAUAUUUGCCUCUGUCAUCUAUUUCCAUAGGUAGAAAUAGGUUUGUUUGCAGAUAAAAUAUAUGUUUUAGUAUGUGUACUUUAAUGGAUUCUUAACUUAGCAAUUAAUUGUAGCAAAUCUAAGAUUUAAUUCCAACAAUGAGGAAAAAAGGGAUGAUUUGGAAAAAUUCUUCAGUUUAGCUUUAGUCACAGCCUGGCAAAUUUAACCUGAAUUUAGCAGUUUGGUUUUCAGCUCACUGUAGUUUGGCAUUUAGUAAAUCGAUCCAGAACCAGUUAUAAAAAUGUGUAGAGGAAUAUCGUUUACUUUCUGUUACUACAUAUAGAUUAUAUUGAGAACAUUAAACUUAAUUUACACAGAUUCCAAUUCUGUUCAUGUUAACCAUGGAAAUUAAUUUCUUUUAGCCUUGUAUCAAUUAUUUGAAAAAUAAAUAUAUAACCCCUUAAGGACUCCUUGAAACACAUUAAACGAUUCUCAAAGUAUUCUAUGAUCUCCAAUCCAUCUGUGCCACUUUAUUACCAUAUUGAUUCUAUUUUGUUUGAGCUCAAAAAAAUUAAAUUUAUUGUAUCACAAGAAUUUCCACAGCUAUGAAACUCAUAAUCUCCCAGAGAGUGUAUGUGUUUUUCACUGAGCUUCAUCACAACUAUAUUAAGAAGUGUAUUUGCAUGAAUGUAUGAAUCACUAGGCUCUACUGCAACGCAAGUGGAGUUUAUCAAAUAAAUACCAAUAUUCACUAAUGCAUUUCUUUUCCCCUGUCUACAGUUGGGUGGGUUACCAGUAUCCUGGCUACCGUGGAUUCCAGUACAUUUUGGAAUGUGACCAUCACUCAGGAGAGUACAAGCAUUGGAGAGAGUGGGGAUCCCAUGCACAAACCUUUCAGAUUCAAUCCAUCCGCAGAAUUCAGCAGUAAACAUUUACAUCUAAGCAUCAUGUUGGCAUUUUAAACUAACACAAGUGAAGUACAUUUAAAGAAAAUAAAUUCUUUUUGUUUAUCACAUUAGCUACUCAUGGUGUAUUAAUUUUGAGUUUAUUACACAAACUGUAG